GCCUGCACAGAUGCCAUUAUUGUCAAUGGAAUCGGAUCGCAGUAUUGUCUGGAUCCGGACUCCCUGGACAGCAUGACGAACCCCAUCAUUCUCAAGAUGCUACAGGACCUUGGCGAGGACCACAUGACGGCAAAAGGUUGCGUACCUCCGAUCCAAGCACUGCAAGGUGACUACGAUGUGCAUCUGGGCAAGCUGCCCUCCGAGUCAAUCCGAAAAUGCGUAGGCGGUAGAAAUUCCAAGGGAAACUUCACCGUUCAUGUCGACAGCAAGGAAGGCUGGGCGGCCCUCACGUUUUUGAACGUUGGCGGGUUGUAUCCUCUGCAGGUCUCUGUCGACAACCACGAUUUACAUGUGUAUGCUGUCGAUGGACAGUACAUCAAGCCCGUUGUCACUGACCGUGUUUACGUUGGCAAUGGCAAUCGAAUCUCGGUCCUGAUCAAACUAGACCAGGACCCAGCUCGAUACAUGAUCCGCAUGGCCAACGACCUUCUCAACCAGAUCCUCGGAGGCUUUGCCGAGUUAGCAUACGAUGGGGCAACACAUCAACCAAGAAAUCUCCAGCCGAAGAUGAAUUACGCUGGACAGCCUCUCAUCAAAAAUAUUCGCUCAUUCAAGCCUGAAGAGGGCCGCCCAUUUCCGUCACAACAGCCGGCUCGCAGCCCGGAUCGCACAUUCAAAUUGUACCUGAGGAAACCAGGCCGCCCUUACGGAGCAUACGAAUGGAGUCUGUCGGGCCACGAAGUCUACAACAUGACAGCCGAGGAACGAGACCCUCCUUUCCUCUUCAGACAACCCAGCGAGGUUCCAAAGAGCGAGCUCAUCCUCCGAACCCAGGUCGGGGAGUGGAUCGACAUCAUCCUAGAGACCGAAGGUCCCUUUGCGCAGAGCCAUCCCGUCCACAAGCACGGCAACAAGGUCUACUUUCUCGGCUCCGGGGUCGGAAAGUUUCCCUGGGCUACGGUCGAGGAAGCGGAGCGGGCUCUGCCGCCCGGAGCCUUCAAUUUCGAGGACCCGUCGUAUCAGGAUACCUUCACGACGCCUGAUAUCGCUGGCGACGCGCCUGCUGUGUGGACUGUGGUGAGGUACAAGGUGGAAAGUCCUGGUGCUUGGCUUUUGCAUUGCCAUGUGCAGACUCACCACGCUGGCGGUAUGGGUGUAGUCAUGCUGGACGGGAUUGAUGAGUUUCCUCAAGUGCCGACCAACUAUCUGGAGUGGAAUGGUUUCCAGCCGCCUUCUUUGGAGUUGAAGUAGCAUCGAUCAAAGAUUUCGCACACUGUUAUUCGUUUUUCUGGUCAUUUGAGUAUGCAGCUAUCUAGAUUGUUAUUAUUCCAUACAUGUCUUCGAUUGUGCUUGAUUCACGAGAACGAGGACAAAGUAUUACUUGGUGCGAUAUCAACAGCGGGCUGUCAGGUAAGGUAAUUGAGCUACUUGUACAGUUCCCCUAAUUCGCUUUGAAAGGCUCAAAUUGUGAUUUGACGCCUAAAGCUACUUGUCGUAGCUGAACACGUGUUUUGCCUAUAUGCAUCGAAGUUUGAUUUUGUCUUCU